GGGAGGGCGGCAGAAGAUGGCGAGGGUAUGUAGGCGGCAGCAGUGCUCCGCUGAGAGACGCGGCUUUCGGCAGGAACUGGACUCGUGGCGCCACAAGCUCAUUCACUGUGUCCCGUUUCCCUCUGUGCGGCGGCCGGCGGGACCAUAAGGGCUUAACUCAUAUAUUUAACCCCCCUCCAAAAAUUAUACUCACGGCUGUGAUUUACUACAGUGAAAGGGUACAAAGCAAAAUAAGCAGAGGAAGAAGGCACACUGGGUUUGAAAGUAUUCUUGAAGGGCUGUUUGGACCUGCAUUAUUAAAAGAUCUCAGUUUAUUUAAAGACUGUGAACCUGAAAGCAUUUCUGAUUGGAUUUUUGAUGAAAAUUGUCUGUUCUGUUGCUUGAGAAGAGAUAAAGUAAAGGGACACUUAGUCGGUCUGGAUGAACCAGCUUCGGGAGCUGGGCAGGAAGCUCUGCUUAAACAAGCAAAAAUCAUUCGAUUCGAGAGACAAGCAGAAGAGUUCCUCAAUGCAGUCUUUUAUAAAAAAGACAGUCCCUGGGUCUCCGACCCCAAUAUUCCCCUAGUGGCCCGUGAGAUCAUGCAGCGAAUGAUCCAACAAUUUGCUGCUGAAUAUACCUCAAAAAAUAGCUCUACUCAGGACCCCAGCCAGCCCAAUAGCACAAAGAACCAAAGCCUGCCGAAAGCAUCUCCAGUCACCACCUCUCCCACGGCUGCAACUACUCAGAACCCUGUGCUCAGCAAACUUCUCAUGGCUGACCAAGACUCACCUCUGGACCUUACUGUCAGAAAGUCUCAGUCAGAACCUAGCGAACAAGACGGUGUACUUGAUCUGUCCACUAAGAAAAGUCCAUGUGCUGGCAGCACUUCCCUGAGCCAUUCUCCAGGCUGCUCCAGUGCUCAAGGGAACGGUGAGAACUCAGCAGAGGCAAUAGCAGUAGAUUCUAACAAUCAGUCGAAGUCCCCCCUGGAGAAGUUUAUGGUCAAACUGUGCACUCAUCAUCAGAAGCAGUUCAUUCGUGUCCUCAACGAUCUGUACACUGAAUCCCAGCCGGGCACCGAGGACCUGCGACCUUCGGAUUCUGGAGCAAUGGAUGCAUCCACUUGCAAUGCUGGCUGUGCCCAGCUGAGUACCAAACAUAAGGAAAACGAUGUUUUGUGUCUCGAUAUGAAGUCUCCUCCUUCUGCAGACUUGACAGCAGAUUCAUCAGAUUCUCACAGCCCUCUAUGCUUUGCAGAAAAGGCCCUGAAAGAGUCUCCUCCCGAGACAAACUUUGUAGCUGGAAGAGAGAAUGCCUUGACUGUUGUCCAGAAGGAUUCCUCUGAACUUCCAACCACUAAAUCUGAUGCCGGGAGUUCAGUGGAUAGUGCCACUCUGGGAUACCUCAGUACAUCUAAUUCUUCCUCGUUCAACUUCCAUCACAUCUCCAAGAGCUUGGAGGGGCAAACCACUGGACAGGAGCAAGACACAGAUGUGAAAAUAUGUGAGGACAGUAAAGACCAUGUGCAGAGUUCAGCUUUAGUAGAAAGCCUAAUUGCAGUAAACAUGGCAGCUGAGAAUAGUGAGGAGAACAGCAGCUGUAUUGUUCCUCAAAGAAAUUCAUUUAAAGCUUUAUCAGAAGAGGCUUGGGACUCAGGGUUUACGGGGGACUCAUCUAGAACUGCUGACAAAGAGAAUACUUUACAGUGUAGUUCAAAAACACCUUUGCGCCAGGAUUUAGAGGCAAGUGAACAAGAUUCAACGCCAAAGCAAGAGAACCAUCUUCACUCACUAGGAAGAAAUAAGGUGGGUUACCAUUUGCCUCCCAGUGAUAAGGGCCAGUUUGAUCAUUCCAAAGACGGGUGGUUAGCUCCCAGCCCCAUACCACCCGUGCACAAAGCAUCCAAUGGACAUUCACGAACCAAGACGUCACCAGCCUCCGUUAAGACAGCACGGAAAGGUAAAAGGGCAUCAGGGCUACGGAUAAAUGAUUAUGAUAACCAGUGUGACGUUGUUUAUAUCAGUCAGCCAAUAACAGAAUGCCACUUUGAGAAUCAAAGAUCAGUAUUGUCUUCUCGGAAAACAGCUAGAAAGAGUACCCGAGGAUACUUUUUUAAUGGGGAUUGUUGCGAGCUGCCGACUGUUCGCACGCUGGCCAGAAAUUUACACUCCCAGGAAAAAGCAAGCUGCUCGACCGUGGCGUUGGAGGCAGUGGUCACGCCCAAUCAGGCCCCUGUAAUUUCAGCCCCGAGACCUAUUGUAGAUGUGCAGCUUCCCAGAGAAGACAGCACUGAAGAGCCUAGUGAAGAAAUAACCUCCCUCAAGGAAGGAGACAGAGGUGCUUUAUCCGAAAAGGAAUCUCAAGAGCCCGAGGUUUGCCCCACAGUGAAUGAACCCAAUCCAAGCAGCUCACCGAGGUCGGAGGAAACAACAGCCGCCAGCCUGGUGUGGCCUCUCCCUGCUGACCUUCCUGAAGAGGACAUGCCCACAGACAUGUCCAUGGUCUCAGCUCCCGCAGCAAGUGGGAUUUCUUCCCCUGAACGAGACCAACAACCAGUUGAACUGCCGGAUACAAAGGAGAUGAAUGAACCUGAGGACUGUCACAUGGGUCCCUUUACUGAGAGCCUUUCUGAGGAAGGCAGUGAGGAUGUUGUUUCCAGGCCUCAUUCUUCUCCUGAGACCGUCAGCAGAGCAGAGAGUCCCCUGUGCUCAGCAAAUGAAAGUCCCCCAGUGUGCUUGGAGCCUCCCGGGAGCCUGGGAGAGGCGGAGGGUGAACAAAGCAUCAGUCCCGAGGCCAAGACUGAGGACACUCAGGAGCUGGACACUGACCCGCUCUCAAAGGAAAGCAGCACUUUUACUGAGGAAAACCCCAGUGAAAUUGAGGAAAGUGAGACAGCAGGUGACACAGGAAAAUCAGAGGAAGAGGGCAGUGACAUAAAACAUCCUUCAGAAAAAGAUCUAUGUGAACAAAACAUGGACUCACCUGAGGAGAACUCAGACAAAAAGAAAAAAAGUAAAAAGUUCCCGGAGGCCUCUGAUAGGUGCCUAAGAAGUCAACUUUCAGAUUCUUCCUCUGUUGACAAGGGCUUAAGAAAUCAAAGUUCAGAUUCUUCCUCUGCUUGCCCUGAAGUCAAGGUUUCUAAAAAUCCUGGUGUAAAACGUUCUAAAAAAGAAGGAUACCCCGGUGGAACGACACCCGAGGGCUUUGUGACUGAGGGUCUCCAUCCAGAAGCUCUGGAGGACACCGAAAACCCAGAUGCCAAUGAAAAUCCCCCUGAGAAGGAUGCUGAGUGGGAGAGCGGAGGAGGCGGGAUCAUCACCAGGCAGACUUUUAAAAACAUGCUGGCAAAAGAGGUCCAGGGGGACGAAGAAGAUGUUUCCCCCAGCAGCGAUCCUACAACUACAGUUGGCCAGCCCCUGCCUGGGGAGAGACUGGAAAUCUAUGUCCAGUCGAAGUUAGGUGAGAACAAUGCUCAUGACCCCUUAGAAAGUGGCCCGUGUACUUUUGCAGAGCCACCCGAAGAGAACGCAGGACCUACUCCUGCACAGGAUGUGGAGGAGGUGGCAAAUGAGGUGGACAGUGCCGACUCCCAGCAUGAAGAUGAUCACAGCGACGUGCCGUCCAGUGUGCUUGGGUCGUCAAGUAGUGGAAGUGGUGACACUGCUGAACCCCCAAAAUGGGCACCUCGGCUCACGAGACAGACCGCUUUGACCUACAACCUGAGACUUGCUCAUUCUCUGGACCCCUUGGAUACUACAAAAGUGACUUCAGAAAAGGAAGCAGCACAAGAAAGCCCAGCACCAAAGGACAACGAAGCUUCAGAGAGUGGAGAUCCCUCAGAAGAGGAUGACGGGGAAGCAGUGGUUGACGACCAGCCCAAGUUUGUGGAAUGGUGUGCCGAGGAGGAAAACCAGGAGCUUAUCGCCAACUUCAAUGCCCAGUACAUGAAAGUUCAGAAGGGCUGGAUCCAGCUGGAGAAAGAAGGCCAGCCAACACCAAGAGCAAGGAACAAGUCAGACAAACUGAAGGAGAUUUGGAAAAGCAAGAAAAGGUCACGGAAAUGUCGGGGAUCACUGGAGGCUCAGAAGUGUUCUCCCGUUCAGAUGCUGUUCAUGACAGACUUCAAGAUGUCCAACAUCUGUAAAUGGUUCUUGGAGACGACCGAGACCCGGUCGCUGGUGAUCACGAAGAAGCUCAACACUCGUCUUCCAGGAGACACGCCCCCCGUCAAGCAUCCUCUUCAGAAAUACUCACCCUCCAGCCUGUACCCCAGUUCAGUACAGGCCGAACGCCUGAAAAAACACUUGAAGAAGUUUCCCGGAGCUACUCCUGCUAAGAACAACUGGAAAACGCAGAAGCUUUGGGCUAAAUUUCGAGAGAAUCCUGACGAAACGGAGCCAGAGAAGGGCAGUGACAUCAGCCCUGGCCCCAGUUCUGAAGACAACAGAGAGGAAGUCAAGGAAGGCAGGAAUAGCCACCCUCCCACAAGCUCACCUACUCCAGCCAGUACCCGGAUCCUUAGAAAAUAUUCCAAUAUUCGGGGAAAGCUCCGAGCCCAGCAGCGCAUGAUCAGGAAUGAGAAGAAGGAAAGCCCAGGGGGCCUGGCUGUGGACGGUAAACAGGGUUGUAAAAGUGUGUGCAUCAACCCUCUGAUGUCCCCCAAGUUUGCCCUGCAAGUGGAUGCCAAUGGGUUUCCCAUUAAGCCCAAGAGCACCGACAGAGCAAAGAGGAAAGGGAGGCAAACACCUGAGGUCUUGGCGAAAGCGGAAGUCCAGAACAAACGCAAGAGGACCGAAGGCGGCAGCACUCAGGACAGGAAGGACAAGGGAGCUGCGGUGAAAGCCGGCAGAGAGAAGCAUAUCGACGGAGCCACCAGAACCCCUGCUGCCAAGAAGCCAGCUGCAAGGGACAGAGUCAGCCAACUGCCCAAAAAGACAUCUUUGAAAGAGAAUAAAGUAAAGAACCUUAAGAAGCCCUCUGGGAAGAACUGCCCGCCCUCCAGGAAAGAAAAAGAGAGUACAAACAAAAGACCCACCCAGCCCACCUCCUCGGAGACAGUGACAAGACCCGCAAAGCAGAAAGGGGCAGGCGAACCCUCUUCAAGGCCACAGAAAGCCACAAACAGGAAGCAGAGCAGUGGAAAGGCUCGGGCCAGACCCCCAACCAAAACCCCGGAGAGCAGUGCAGCUCAGAGGAAGCGAAAGCUGAAGGCAAAGCUGGACUCGUCCCACAGCAAGCGGAGGCGGCUGGAUGCAAAGUGAUCGAAGGGUGGUAGCCAAGAGUAAAACUGCUCCAUAGAAGUAACCCUUUAUUUUGCAUUAACUAAAUUCGCCUUUAUAAGCUUAUCAAGCCUUUCAAGUCUGCAGUUAAUGGAGAACACCACACUUUAAAUGUCAGAAAAUGCAUCUCAGAUGGAGAAGGGAACUUGCCGAGUCUUUCUCUGAGGCUGAGUAAGGGAAGUUAUAUAUUAUAUUCUGGUUGUUCCUUGGGUUUUAAACUUGGAACCAAGCAGUUUAGUUUUUAAAAGUACAGUGCCUUAUUUAUCCUUUUUGUGUUUAAAAUUUACAAAAGCUAAAAAGCUGAUCUAUGUGAUUAAAGGCUUGUAUUUUAUACUUGAUGCACAAGCACUUGUACUGUAGCCGAGAGACCGCCAUCAUGCACAUAAAAGUAGCUUUCCUGCCGCUCCCUGCAGCGUCUGUGCCUGGGCAGAUGCUCCUCUUUGCCGGCCCCAGCAGUGAACUUCCCUCUCUGUCUCGUUUGUUUGUUUAAAUGAUAUUUGAAAGCUAAACCAAAUCAUUUUUAUGGUAUGUGGAGAAUGCAGAGGGCAUUUAUAAUUGUUGCAAAAGGUUAAUAUUUCUGUUACCCCUUUUUAAAAACUCCUGUUUGUUGUUGGUUACUCCUCUUAAUUUUGAUUUUUCUCACUGGAAAAAAAAAUGGAUUCUAAAUUACGUGCCCAUGAGACAAAAGGUGUGUUACCGGGUGUGAAUUUUGGUUUAUGACCUCUAAAAAUUAUUUGCAUUACUUGUUCUUACCAUGCUUUGCAUUUUUGCAUUUUUGGCCUUUUAAGCUUGCUAGCAUUCUAACAGGGUUUUGUUGCCCCAGCCCCCACCUGCUGUAGCUAUGAUUUGCCAAUUAGGAUAAGAGUGACUAUUCUACUUUUCUCUUUUGCCCUAAGUACUUUUGUAUUCAGAGAAAGCCAAAAUGUUGUUCCCAGUAACAGAAAAGUUUAAGAGUGUGUGUGUGCAUUUGGGUGCAUUUGCCUCUGGCUACCAGCCACAAAUGUCUCCCAGCCCCAGGUCCACAGUAAAAACUUUUUCUUCCCUGUGUGCAGUGCCAGGGAGUUCACGAGCUGGGUAAUCAGCACAGGCCACAUAGUUCAAUGUGGCCCAGGGUUUCUAUGAGUAUCCCGCAGACUGCUUUGGCAUUGGACUCAGAAAGGUCAAAAGAGCACAGCAUUAUGUGAAGGUCACAGCAAACGUGCAGUUGGAGGAAGCAGCUUCAGUGUCUCACGGUGGGCCCACACACCCUGCACCCGGAACUGAUGUUCGUGUGGAUUACGUGUUUAGAGUGGGUGUCCGUCCUGACUGGUUAGCACCAUACCUGUAGUUUGUGCUUGUAGUAUCACUCCUGCCUCUGCCAUGUCGGGCUCAAAAGUGAGAGCUGCACUAUUUGUAACUGAUAAUGUUUGCCUUUCCCAAGUGAAGCCUGAGAUGGGUACACUGGCUUUACCUUGGUGCCUAUAACCUUGCUCCAUCCUAACACAGCGUGUACUCAACAUUUCCGUUGGGCCACUCUCCAAGAAAGGCUCGGUUGUUAAAGCCUCAGCCAGCUUCUCUCACAUGCUCUGUCACCAAAAUAGGCUUGUGUGGAUAGUUGCUACUCUGUCUUUUCUAUUAAAAUUUGUUCCAUUUAGAUUGUUCAGAUCAGUUUAGAUAAACCCAGAUGGACCUUUUUCUGUGCUUUAGUUCAUUUAGAUCAUAAGACAGGCCUUCUACCCAAGCUGUAAAAGACUCACUGUAUGUGUACAAUGAAAACUUCUGACGAUUGGAUAGUCCUGGAGAAGAGCAUCUGAUUCACGGGAAAUUAAGAAUUGUGUCGAAUUUCAUAGGUAGUGGAGCUUACUACCUUCAGUGAAGCCUUGAUUUUUUUCUCCUAAUGUCUCCUCUAUCCCACAAGUCCCUUUUUUUCUUUUUAAUAUCUUUGACUGUGGCCAUUCAAGAGCUACCUAUAUUAAUGGAACUGCUGAGUGUGUAUGGUGGCAGCCCUUUCUCAGCAUUAAGUUGCACAGAAGCAUUAAUAUGUUUUGAGUAGAUUCAUUUAAUCUUUAGAAAGUGGUUUUAAAGUUUAAAAUAUCUUUGUGUAGGGUCGUCACUGGAUACUGUUUGUGGUGACUUACAGCUGGGGCUUGCCUAUGUCAGGUUUGCCGGUCCCCGUGGACACAUCCGAGGUGCCCCCUCAGCUGCACACAGACCAACCGCCUCCGGGGGCGCCUGCGUUGGGCUAGAGAGAGGCGUUUGAGAGGCGUGGGUGGGACUGUUCUGGGUCCAGGUUUACAACUCAUUCCAUCUAGUUGUCUAAGCUCUUCUUCUUUUGUAGAAGCUUACUUCAAGAUAGUAGCCUUCUUUCUCAUUCUAAAAAGCAUUUGAGAAAAGUUAACAAUAUGUAUAUAUUUAUUUAUAUACCUAACAAUGCAAUGGAUCAUCUUUAAAAUCAACUUACUUUUUAGUGAUUACACUUAAAUAGACUGGGAUUCUACCUAAUUAUGAGAUUAAAAGCUUAGAAUUAUUUUUGUAUUUGUUGAAUUUUGUUUUUGCCAAUUCGGUUUAUUUUGCUAAUAGAAGAAAGAAAGAAAGAAUAAACUCAAGGGCUGACCGUGGAAGGCCCGUUUACACUCGCAGCAGCCGCUGCCCCCGCCCCAGACACCUGCAGGCUCAGGCUGAUGCCGCUGCGGGCCUCCCCAGUCCCCCUCUCUCGCGGAGGCCUGCUUCUCAGCGCCCUCUCCACCGUGGCUCGCCACCACGCGCAAAGGCAGUGUGUGCCACAUUCUGGAUUCCAGAACAGAAGGGAAUUCUGCUCCUGGGCCUGUGCUCAGUGAAGUGACUGUCCCACGGUGGAGCUGAAGUGGGUGACUGGAGACCACUGGUGUGAUCUUUCAGCUUUGGGAGGAGCUGGGAGACGCCUGGGCAGCAGUCGCUGAAGCUCUCCCAUAGCUCCCCAGAGCUGCGCCCUCUUCUGGAGACCCGUUUUCUAUCCUAUGAGGCUUCCCGGGUUUGAGAGGACACCAUGGAGACUGCCACUUGAGUCAAGUCCAGCCUCACCCCGGCACUUCCUCAGACAUGGGGCGGCAGUCUUGCGGGGCAACAAGAAGGCCAUGAGCCUGUGUUCUGCUCUGGAGGCUUCCUACAUAGGAAUGUUACUAGAGUGUGUUAGUCUGCAGUUGCUGGUCCCUUCAGUUGCUCAGGUAGGCCGGCUCUGUUGUGCCUGUGUUUCAUUAAGGACUUCUACACAAGCCUUCCCUAAAAAAAUGACCUUAGGCCAUGGCUCUUAUGCCUCAGUGUUGCUGUAGUGUAUGGACAGAGAGGUGCAGUUAGUCGUCCCUUCGCACAUGCAGUACUUUUAAUGGAGUCCCGGACUCGAGACAUACUGGGCCGGUGAGUUCCCCGCUGAUCAGACAGGUUGUCAGUAAAACACUUCCAGACAGCUACUUUGAAGUUUGGUCUCUUUGCUGACUUGUGAUGGAGUCUGUGGCGAGGGUGGGAGCUGUCACUCUCAUUUGUGAGCAGCAUGCCCAUUGCUCAGUGGACCUAAGAGUCAGAAGGAAAGGACAACGUGCUGCAUGACGUAAGCUGGAGAGGCUCUAGUGUCACCGUCAAGCAAUCUGGGGUCUUGCGGUGGCACCUGGGACGGGGUGGAAUUUGCUAAGAUGCUGGCCCAGGGACCACGCCCAGUCUUCUGGUUUUAGGGCUCUCUUUCGGCUUAUAGAUGCUCUGUCAAGAGUCUGCAGCCCAUGGGCUGUCACUCUUUUGUAAAUAAAAGUACAUUGGAACAUAGCCACGCCCGUCCGGUGUGGAUUGCCUGUGGCUGCUUCCCCACAGAGUAGGGGAGCUGCCCCAGAGACUGGCCCACAGAGCCAGAUAUUUGCUAUCUGGACCUUAAAGAAAAAGGCUGCUGGCCUUGCUUGAGAAAAUUUUUCUUUUUCAGGAACAAAUAUUCCCUGAUGUAUCUUCUCCUUCUGCCUCUUUGCCUCUCUGCCUUCUUGUUUUCUUCCCCUUCUUACCUCAAUUUUGUUCAUCCUUUUACUUUAUUUCUUCUUACUGCAAAAGAGACAGACCGCAUCAUUGCUGUAGCACAUUGAAUACCAGCCAUCUCCCGAAAUUUGAGCGACCUUAGUUUCAUAUCUUCCUUUUUAGAAUUCCCCAUCUCAAUAACCAAAAUGAGGUCCCCUUCAGCCAAGAGUCAGAACCCAUGAGCAAAAGGAUUCAAGAUUCUGAAACAGUGAGUCCCGGGCCCCUCAUUUCAACUAUUUUUGUCAUAGACCUGACGCCAGCUUCACUUCUUGUUUUUUUCUAAAGUAAGCCAAGAUUUUGUUUCUUUCAAAAUUAAUUGGAUGUUCAGUUUUCUGAAACUCACAUUUAGAUAUGGAAAAAGUCUCCAUGAAGGGAAAACAAAGUCUAAUGAUGAAUCCAAAGUUCUGUGUGUUAUGUAAUAUUUGGGGCCAGCAGCUAGGAAGGUAAAACUGUUGGCACCAAUACUUUUUUCAGUCCCAUAUUCUUCUUUCAAAAUAAUUUUAUUAAGGGCACGCCAACAAAUAAAAAUAGAGUAUUGAAGUGCUUUAGAAGAGAAUAGUAGAAAAUGGGAACAUACUCUGACCCUGAGUGUGACUGACAAGUCAUAGUUAAUAAUCUUUAGAUCAAAUCCAGUCAACUUCCAAGUUGUUCAUUGCCCCUCCCCCAAAACUCGAGGAUAAGUUUCUAUUUGUUUUUUUUAAAUGAAGUUGAAUGUCAUAUUGGGGAACAAUUUUUGUCAGUAUCCCCAAAAGAGGGGAACUAUUUCAAUUGUUUUGAAGCAGAUAAUUAUCAUUUUGAAUUCUUAGCUAUAAAUUUUUGUCUUACAGCUCGGUACCCACUGAAAUACUCCAUGUUUUUUUCUAUAAAUAUGAAAUCACAUGUAUGUGUGUCAUCACAUCAGCAAGGCCGUCCUCACACCCCAGCAGUAAGCACUCUUCCUUGUGCUUACUCCCAAAUUAUCGUCAGGGAAAGAAUAAACUAAAAUAAAAAAGUUAUUAUAUUUCAAACAAGCAGGAUUAUGGGAAGCCUUUGAGGCAGUCAUCAAUAUAAUCCUCCCUCGAAACAUCAAAACAAGCUGCUGUUUUCUACCGCACACGGUUGGAAGACUUCGGGGGUCUGACCUUCAGGCUGAAGCCCAGAACUCUGGUGCUGCUCCGGGCCUCGUCGGGCUGCGCCGGGGCUGGGCAGCCUCCUGAGCACUUGGAGAGGGGCAUCCCCGCUCAUGCUCUUGUCCUUGGAACUGAGCUGGAGCUGGUCAGUUCCUUCCAUUACCACCCAUCUGCCUGAUCUUCCUCUUCACUAAGCUGGUGGGUGACGCCCUGUACUUUGGAGCCAUCCUUUGCUCCGUCCUUCAGAGGGGGUGUUGAGCAGUUUUGCUCGCCUGAUGAGCACAGCAACACACACUUUCUCCCCUGCCUGGGACCAUUCCAUUUAACACAAGGUACUCAGUAGACAAGCCGCAUGAAAGUAUAGGCUUCCUAUUUAAAAAAAAAAAAAAAAAAGUUUUUUAAUACGCCAGAGGUUGGAGGAAUGUAUUUUACCUUUUUUACAAAGGGUUAUUUAAAAAAGAUAAUAGCAGACCAUAUGUGGCCCUCACAGUACCAAUAUAAGAUAUAAGAUAAGAUAUUUACUACCUGGCCCUUUACAGAAAAGGCUGACCCUUGCAAGAUGUCAUUCAGAAUCAAAUUUUAUGGAUAGUGAGGUGCAGACUUGUUUUUUUCAUGUAGCCCAGCAUUGCAGCAUUUCUUCCCUUUUGGAUCUUUAGGGUACCUCGUGUGUUCAUCUCAGCACGCGGCUGCUGUGGCACAUUGUCCCUCAGUGAUACUUGUGGUUAAAGAAAAGACCCAGUUCAUUGAAUCAUAGACAUACCAUCUCAGCUACUAGGAUAAGUAUCAAAGGACAAAGUUUCAAACUGAAAGUACUACAGUCUUUCCCAUGUUCGUGAGUCAGGGUGAACUUGACUCUGGAGAAGCAUCCCUCCGUGCCAGUGCUCAACACGAAUAGUCUUUGCCUGUUGGAACCUUGAACCCAGACCACCCAUCCUCAGCUCUAAAAUACCAGCAUGUCAGUGGCACCGUCUUGGCAAACCAGCAGUUGUAGACCGAAGUUCAGAGCGCUCUGGCCUGGCCAGCAGAGCUGACCUGGUCUGGCCGGGCUUGUCACUUUGAGGAGCCGCUUUGUCUCCCCUCUUCGGCUUCUGCCACCAGCCCCUACCCGGGGGCGUCUUCCCUGGAGUCUCCCACCCCACGUGCUUCACUGGAGCACUUGGCCUUUCAUCUCUCUUUUUCGUCUGAUGUUUAGCCACUGUUUCACCCCCAUCAUUUUCUAUAGUCUACACCUCAUGUCUUGUAGCUAAAACUGUAGUAUUGGGGAGCUAGUUUGUGGAAAAGAUGCUAUACAGGCAAGAUUUGCAUAAUUUUGUAUAUUUAUACCACAGGUAGAGAUUAGUUUCAGAGCCUCUGUAGCUUAAGGUUGUUAGUUUCACCAGUGGUUUCUGCAUUCUCAGUAGUUCUAGGAGACUCUGUUAGUGACUAUGGUUUCAAAUACAUAUUUAAUACAUAUUUAUACACACCACUGUGGAAUUUAUUUCAUUAUGUAAAUAGCGAUAUUUUCCUGUUCAAAUGCUUCUAUAGAAAGUAUUUAUUUUUAACAAAAAAAAUGAAUUGUCAAAAGGGCUUUCCAAAAAUGCGUUCUUUCUAGCCACCCCGUCCUCCCCAGCUGCCACGCUCACCCACUGAACCUUCAGACAACACAGUGCAGGCAGAAGGAUGGGGCCUUGAAAUCCUCACUGUUUGGGGGCAGAUGCAACGUGGAUUCGGAACCUGAGUGCACUGCCCACUGUCACCCCGUAACAGGACAGAGCGGGUCUCCCACUGUCGGUAUGGCUGUGCCAGGUGUGGCACCCUGGCUGGCCUCAGGCAGCCCCUGUUUUGCAAAUACAGUUGGUACGUUCACCUGUGCGCUUCAGCAACCUGUGCAGGGAAAUGAGCCUUAGUUGUAACCCCAAGGAAAUCCAAACCCAUACCUGUGGGAUAUGGAGAAACCACUGGUUGCCUACAGAAAGCAUUAAGCUGCAUUUUAGUCUUUCUCAUGUUUGUGAAAGACACCUAUUCCCAGUCUCACCAGCCAUGGAGGGUACACAUGUUUUCUUUCACGCCUUGAUCAUAGUCGUGAGCGGUCAGCUCCCUUCCUCCUUCGCCCCUCCCCUCUGCAUCUCAGCAAGCAUCUGUGCACGUGUGGGCCAGCCCCACCUGUAACCAGUGGUUACAGGACAUGACCAUCUGUUCUAGCAUGUGUGCAGCUUUACUUCUCAGGAGUCCCGGUCUGCAGUUCAGAGCACCCCUGGAUGUAACUGAACGAGGCUUUCCGAUCGUGUUCCUCUUCCCUGGGGCCCGUUCCUGGGCCAUCCCGUGUGGGCCUCACUCUGUGGGGCUGGCUGGACUCAGGCCUGCAGCUCCAGGACUGCAGAGAGCCUGGACGGGCCACAGGGGAUUUCGCCAUCCAUUUGAAUCACCUUGCUGAUCUACUUACGGCUUCCCUUUGUCUUUUCCAAACAAAUGAGGAGAACACUUGAACAGUUAUGCUGGAGAAUGUUGUUUUUUUUCUAUGAUACUAUUUGUAAGCAAAUCUGAUUGUAAGAUGAAAUGUGAAUGGGUAAUUAGGUGCCAGGGAAUUUAGCACUGAACUAGACAGUCAGAACUUUUUUAACCUUUGCAGAAGAAAUAAAUUUUGCUCGCAUCUACAUGUUCACAAGAAGUAAUGUUGUAAAUAGUUUUUUAAGAAAUAUUUAUUAUAUGUGCUGGAUACAGGUUCACGUCCUGAGUGACGCUGGUUUGCGCUGUAGUGUUGUAGGGGAAUGCGGUUUGAGCAGUGGACUUCCUCUCACAUCCCAGCUCACACACGGAGAGAGAACGGAAACCAGUGGGUUGAGAGCUGUCUGGGGCAUCUGAUCUGUAACGUUACAUCAAAUCCAAGCUUUAAUUGCCCCCUCUUCUCAUCUGGUUAUGUUAUUAUAUAUAUAGUGUGUGUGUGUGUGUGUGCGCGUGUGUGCGUGUGUGAUGACCUGGUCAGUGGUCAGUCCCAGAUCUGCAGAGCAGAUUUCCAGGUGUUCUUUCUGAUGUGUUGCCUACAAGCAAUAAGAUCCUAGGUAAUAACAUUUAUUCCGGGUUCCGCAUGGGCCCUUAUCUCAGAGGAUAGGGUGGGGGGUAGAACAGCUCUUGCUAAGACCUCUUGCCUUUGCCCGAGAGGUUGCUGUACUUGAAUUUUCUCUUCUGUUUGUCUGCACGCUCCUUCCAGUCAUAGAACUCUAGCAAUGGAUGAGAAAUCUGCCAGCACCAGACACAUCAAAAAUGGGGCAUAGAGAUUGAGAUUGAAUAAUUACCAUUUUCCAUGAAUUUGUAAGGGCUUCCAGCAUCCAGUUGAGGCACAGCUCAUUUGGCUAUAGAGUGAAUGUAAGCACUGUUUACAUUAGAAAUUUAGAUGGCCAAUUGGAAGUCCCUUGACUCUUUCUGACCUACCCUGCAAAGCUAGCCCAUUUCCUGGAGUCCUCCUCUGUGCCUGGGUUUGAAGUGUCGGAAGCCCCCUCCGUGUCUGGGCUUGACCCUCAUGGUGAGUACAGACAGGGCAGUGGCCCCUCCAAGCCUCCCAGCGUGUCCAGUCCAACAGGUGUCUAAGCUGUUUCGCAGCCUCUCCUUGUGACCAUAAUACACUUUAUGAGAAAUACCCCACACCCAAAUAACCAUGAAUAGAAUAAUGUAGUUUUUUAGGCUUUGGGAAUAUGUCUUCUCUUUUGUAUUUAUGAUGGUGUUUGGACUUUUUCACUAGCGUUAUUUUUAGAUUGAAAUGGGUGCAUUAGGAUAAAACUUUCCAUUGCUGGGCCUGAAAGCAAGCAAGAGGAAAGAAACUGACCUAUGUUGUCAUUGAGAAGGUGACUACUUGUGGUGGGAGGGCGGGGAGGGGACAGUGUAGAUUACGUGGGAGUAAAAUAGAACUCCGGCCUGAGGCACCCCAAGUCUUAUUACUUUGUAAGAAAUGAUCCCCUUAUUAGCCUCCCUUAAUCUCAACAGAAGCCUGCUGUCUACCCUCAGGGAACAAGUAGUUUUCAAAAUUGAGCUCCUCCAAGGUCAUUGGCUGGUGCCUGUGUGCAGGCAUUGGUCGUCUUUGUGAACUCAUGGCAUUAUUUUCCCAUAUGCAUUACAAUAUUAAGAAAUUCACCCCCAACUCGUAUGAUAAGCACAGCCCAGGGUCCUACUUUAGGCCAGAGUUCAUGCCUGUGAGGGCCCCGGGGGUCAUAGGAGGCCCAUGCAAUGUAACUGAAGCUCAGGUGCCGUGUCGGUGUUUAAUUCUUUUUGGGACCUGUCAGAUGGGUUUAGGGCGGGGGCUGCAGACCCAGCUGUGGACCCAGGGAGCUCCAAGAUGAAUCUCUACCGUUCCUGUAAAGGUCUUUCUGGUUCCUCCCAGUGUUGUCAUUGCCGAGGUCAAUCUCGUAGUUGUUCAGAUGUGCUCCUUUUUGCUGUCUUGUGAGUCUUAGCCAGUGGUCCAGGUGCCCAAGGAGAGUCUCCAGAGGGCCUGCUGCCCCUUCCCAGCACCGAGUGUGUCCUCCUGACCUGUGCUCACGUGGUCUUUCCAAAAACAGUGAAGUGAGAAAUUCUGCAAAUGGUUGUCAGAUAAAGGCAUGUAUCUCUUGGGCCUGGAUUUCCACUGUGUUAGAGAGUGUAGGAAAAUACUGUGUUGUUAAUGGAUGAAAAUUCAAUGUAUGCUGUGAAUUUGUUGGUUUGAAACAUUGAAAAUUUUUCAUUAGACAAUGUUUACAUACCUCACCUGAAGAACCUUUGAGAGUGUAUAUAUGAAAUUUUAAAAUAUAUUAAGUUGCUUUAAAACAAUAUGUAUAGCUAUAAAAGUUGAAGUUAUUUUAACUUUGAAUAUGUACCAAGUCUCCUAAAUAUUGAAAUCUUGUGGAUUUUGUUGUGCUUCUGUGUUUUACUUUCCUAUUAGGCCAAGUAGGAAACUACAUCUUUGUUGGUGGUGGAGGGGCCCUCCCCGAAAUCCAAGCUUGGAGGGAUUUCCUUUGCUGUUUCGGGUUUUUCUGGUUUGGUUUUGAGGGAUGGGGUGUGGAGCUAGCGAUGUGUGGAAGGGGUCUGUCCCGUGAGCUUUUUCUAGGCGCUUAUUUUACUGCAGCAUAUUAAACUUCUUUGAUAUUAAA